AAUAAUUUUUGUUUCUUUUAACAGUGUAUAGAGCAAGUUUUCGUCAAACUUUUGCCGAAAUGAAAGCUCCGACCGGUGAAUGGAAAGUUAUCGUGGGAUGGACACUUUGCGGAAUAUCUCUAGCAUUAUGGAUUUUUAUGUUUAUGCAAAAAUUUGUGUAUCCACCGUUACCCGAAUCGUUCACUCCCGAGGGUAAGGCGAGAACAUUGAAGAGGAUGAUCCAGUUGAGAGUCAACCCCAUCGAAGGACUGGCGUCCAAAUUCGAUUACGAGAAGGGUCAAUGGAAGUAAAUUACAAUAAUUAAAAGAA